CUGACAGCUGAUCGUUACAGCCUGCUUAUGGUCGGGUUUAAGUUCGUACAAGAUCAUACUAUAUACUAAACGAGGUCGGAUACUAUUUUUUUUAUUAAUUAUUUUGCCAGAUGUCAUAUCGCAUGAAGAAGAGGAUGGGGAUGUGUCUGCCCUGCCUGGGUGGAGCCGCCGACGACGUCGUAGUCACUCCUGAUCCUGAAACUAGAAGGCGACAGCUGGCAGAAGCUGCAGAGAAACGUCAUAAAGAGAGCACACACAGGGGUGUCAAAAACCCAGAAGCCGUGGAAAGAAAAAAAAAGAAACAAGAGGAGAUUGAAAAGCAGGCGAUGAGCACAUCACCAUCGGGGGGCGGUGGACUUAGGUGGCAGGUUGGCUAGCACAAGAUGGGAAAAGAAGAUGAAAACAACUGGUGUGUCAACUUCGCAGCUCAGCCAACAUGAGUGGUGUUAACCAUCCAAAUGUGAAGGGUGUUUCUCUACCCCCACCCUACCCCAUUGUUUUUCUUUUUAAAUCCUAAGCUUUUUGGUUAGGUCGUUUGUUGCAUAUAGACAUUUUGCCAAGCUUCCUACAAAGGACAUCUGACAGUAUGGAGCUCUUUGGUGAUCACGCCUACUUUAUCAUACUGACAGCAUGUGCCAACCAGCGGAACACCGACAUAACCAAAGCAGUGAUGUGUCUUUCCAUCCACAUGUGUGUGUAUCACUAUUGAGAGAUAUAGCAAGGUCACUGCUCUUCCAAGGAGGAGCUAAUGUCCUUUUUUUUUUAAAUACAGUAUAAAUGGUUUAGAUGAGUGUAGCACUAAUUCACAUUCAUAUCACAUUUUUGUAAUGUCAUUCUGGCACUGGCACAUCCAGUUAGCCACACUCAUAUAUUUUAAGGUUAAGCUAUACUCUGCUGUGUUUUGGUUAGAGGACUGUAGUGCAAUAUAAAUUUAUUAAGAAGGAGUGCUGGUCAUUUGAAUCAUUUUCCAUUACAAACUCAUCAACAGGAGAGUAAUAAUAUUGAAUGUUUUUAUUUAAUUAUACAGUGCUAAUGGUUAAUAAAGAUCACUGCUUGGUUACUCUUGUGUUGUGUUGAUUUACUCAGAGGCAGGGCAGCGUACUAUAACGUAACAACCACAGUGUCAGCUCUCUAGUGUUAC